AUGAAAUCACAGGCCUUGCUCUGUGCAGGAUAUGUGCUGUGCAUGGCCUGGGCAACAGCACAGUCAGCAUUGGCACCUCCCCUCGACACUCAGUCCAACAGCAUAGGGGAUUUAGCAGCGGGCACAACGGUGACGAGUUGCCCUGAAUUUCGUGAGGCCGUGGCAAAUGCAUCGGUAGAGAAAGUGGUGGUGUCGGGGCACCUUGUGUGCCCCAGCUGGCAAGAGCUUGUGGCUGUGGAUCGACACUUGUCCGUCCAAGGACGGGCUGAUGCGAAUGCGUAUGAUUCAAUAGACUUUGUGGAGGACGUCUGCAUGAUCGAAGUCCAGGAGAAAUCUGCACUCGUCUUCUCCGAUCUUUUGAUAUUGGGGGAGUGGGCGGGAGUGCUGUGCACCGAUGAGCCUUCAUUCCCUACUGUUGCUUACCGGAACGUCUCUCUUGGUUGGAGAGUGUGUGACUUGUCAGGCGAGGACCUGUCUCCAGAUGUGUGUGAACUUCGAGAGAAUGUAUUUUUUUUUGAGGCCACGAAGAUAGAGGGGACGAAGAUGGGAACCGGGUACGACGUAGAAUUCGCUGGGGUCACCAUGCUCUGUGUGGAGAGUGCAGCGACUGCCAAGGACCUCAUCGAACAGAAGAUUGACCUGCCUGCAUCGUGUGAACCGCAGGCUCGCAAACACAAAACUUUGAACGCAACAGUUGUUGGUUAUGUAGUUGGCUUUGUGGUCCCAAGCCUGGUCGUGCUUGUGGGGGUAGCAGCUGUGCUGGUGAAGACAGGCAAGCACAGGCUGGUUUGGAACAAGUUGGAAAAGUUUCGAGUUGCUCCCCCAAACAAUUCCUGGGGGUCGUUCACAGACAUCGUGCGGAGCAGCAUGAGGCUCAGGGUGCUGAGGUCGCCUGAGUCCAUUACAUCGGCUGUGGGACUGUCACUGCCGGCAAGACCAAGUGACGCCGCUGCCAGCAGUGAAGCCAGCAACGACAGUGCGGAGGGCGUCAAGGAGGAUCCCUUGUGGCAGUGCAUCAGCGUGCAGGACAUCCAGCUGAAGGAGCCCCUCGGCAAGGGGCAGUUCAGCACGGUGUACAAGGGGGACUACAAGGGCACGACUGUGGCUGUGAAGAUGAUAGAGCAUGAGGGGCGGCUGUUGGAUGCUGGGAAGGUUCCCCGGGAGGUUCAGCUGAGCAAGGACAUCUCUCAUCCGAACGUGGUGGCCCUUCUGCUGGACAGGACUCAGAAGCGGGUCACGCACUUCAGUGGGAUGUUCACAUCCACAGGCUUUGUGCAGACAGACAUGUUUGGCAGCGGGGAGUCAAUUAUGACAGGCAUCUCUCAGACAACGUUGGGGGACGGGGUGUCUGUGGCUGGUUUGUCACACACGACGAUGGGUGCCUUGUCUGCGGUCACGCCCACACUGACGCCACUGUCGAAUGCAACACUGGGCGAUGUGUUUGCUGAGGUUGAAAUGCGUCAGCGGGACACAGCACAGAACGGCUGCGAUGUGGAGUACACUGCAUACACAACUUGGCUUGUGCUGGAGUACUGUGACAGGGGCUCCCUUUCAAGUGCGCUUUACAAUCGCGUCUUUUGCUCGCCUGGGGAAGAGUGCAGGCCGCACAUGGCCCAUGUCCUAUUGACAGCCAUGGAUGUGGCGCUGCAAUGCGGUAUCUGCACAUGA